CGCCUCAUUUGGACCAACAUUCACCCGUAGUUGUUUACAAGAGCUAACUGUAGCUAGAACUCCCUACAAAAGCUGUUAUCUUACACAUCGACCCGUCUAAAUUAAAACAUGGAGUAUAUCAAGGCAGUGGCAAACCCAAUGCUAAAGUAUUUCAGGAAGUGGACACAAUGUUGCUGGCUAUGUUGUUGCUUAGAGAACGCAGACACUUUGAGAAGUCAACGAAGUUCCAGCAUACAGAUUUCAUCCCCCGAAGUAGUUGCAAUGGAAUCUUUUGAGUCGUCCUCUUGCAGUUCUGAGGAAAGUGUGUCAUCUGAGCCGAGAAGCCCACACAACCAAAGCUCAAUGUCUUUCCGUCAGGCUAUCCCCAGCAGAACCCAGAUUCGGAAUGCCGAGCUGGCAGUGAAUUCAAAGAUGCCUUGCAGAGCAGCGCACCCCCUGCUUUUCCAAGACAACUUAGCACACCUGAGACUGAAUCACAACCGGGGCAGACCUGAGCAUGUGCGACACAGACAAAUUAACAGACCCACCCACGGUGGGAAAAAGCAAGUUAACCCGAGGAACAGGUGUAUGAUGCAACACCUUCCUCACAGAACAAACAUGGAGGAGAUCAAUGCCUCUGAACUUCACUCCACUGCUGAGAAUCUGGACAAUUUUGGUAGGGCUUCAACCCUUUGUUCCAGUCUUCCAUCUCAUGAAGAGGAUGAGGGUGGUGACUCAAACAUGUCCCAGCUGGACAUGUCUAGGCAUUUGGUUGCCUCUCUAAGGUCUAGCUUCUCUCAGAGUCACCUAACUCGUGUUGAAAUGGAAGAAGACACUUUACAAAGAAGAACAAGUGCAACUGACACACUGCAGUCCUCCACUGAGGCACAGCGUCCAUCGGCCCCUGACAACACAGACAGUUUGGUGAGGUUAUAUGGUUCAUGUCAAGGAGCAGCGAAAUACACACCCUCCCGGUUUCCAAAAGACUCCAGAAGAGACAAAGAAAGGUCAUCAGACACGUUGCCAGUUGAGGAAAUCAAGUGUCGGUACUGCCACUGUAGUGAAACGUCACCAGACAACCCACUGCUGUCACCCUGCAAGUGUUCAGGAAGUAUGCAAUUUGUUCACUUUGACUGCCUGAAACAAUGGCUCCGUGUCAAAAUCCAGUCAGGGUCAUUUCUCCAUAAUGCCCAAACAUGUGAGGUUUGCAAAAGUAACCUGCUGCUGGACCCGGAUACAUUUGACUGGAUUGACUUCUACCAAGAGCAACUGCGAAAUCAGAAUGACAUAGAGUCGGGUGGAGACCCUGAGGCAAGAGAAAUGGUAACAAGGUUACAAGAACUUGAGGUUGCCAUAUUAUCUACAUCGAGGAGACGGAUCACCAGGGUUUAUCCACAACGCAUGGCAUUUGGAAAUAGAAGGCCAUGGCCACAGCCACGGCCACGGCCAACUGAUGGUUAAUCUUCAGCUUGAGUUCACAUGGCUACAUGCUCAGUCUAUGCAACUGAACAUAUUGAGCAUAUUACAAUAAACUGCAAUGUGUGUAAA